AUGAAUCUUCCAAGGCCCCCUUCCAACCGCGACAUGACAUCGCAUCCCAACCAGUCUUCAUCCAAACACGUUCCCUCCAUCGGAAUGCACUCUCGUCAGAUGGAUCAAGAGGAGAUUUGGAUUCGCGGUAUCUUUUCCUUCCUUGGGAUGGGACACUAUGCCUUUGUGGCCCCUGUCUGUAAGCAAAUGAAGGACCUCGGAUUUUCUAUAGUUGGGGUGAGUCAGUAUGGACUUCGAGCCAAAAUCACGAGAGGGUAUGCAGGCGACAGAAGCCCAUACCGGCUACAAACAACUUCUUAUGUACCAUAA